GUUUGCAGAUAGCCAAUAAAAGCAGAGAUCAACAAGGCAGCUGACUCAGGGGCAGGACAGCUCCAGCUGUGUUUGAAUGCAGUUCAGAGAGGACUUGCACUUGGUAUCUGCUCAGUUUCACUCCAUUCUGUAGUUUUUAUGCCCGUAUUUCCAGAGCCAGCCAUCAAGAAAUGGCUACAUUUCCUGUAGUAGCCCAGGAAGAUCUGGAUAGCUUUACCUUGACCAGGACAGGCUCAGGCUUUGCACUCAAAGCCUUUCAUAUUUCUUGGAACACUCACAUAUCUGUGAAGCUACUGACCAACCAGGACACUACAGAGAGGGAGUGGAAGUUGCUGCUUCAGGAUAUAGCAAGUGUCAGAUGCUAUGAGUCUGAACGUCUCCUGCCUUCUCUUGGGAUUUACCAGUAUCAUGGACUUGUGGGGAUAGUGACUGAAUGGAUGAACAAUGGAUCCCUCGGCUCGCUCAUCCACGAGCGUCAGCUGUACCCAGAACUUCCAUUUCCCUUACUCAUAAGGAUCCUGUCAGAUGUGGCUGAAGGGCUGCAUCACCUUCACAGCUUCAAACCUGCUUUCUCUCACUGCAGCCUGAAACCUUCCAAUGUGCUUUUGGAUACGCAGUACAGAGCCAAGCUAACAGAUUACGGUCUAACCAACUGGAGGAAACAGCAACUGAGGUCAGACCUGCAGAACUGCAACCAGAGGAACUGCCAGGACUUAGUGUACCUCCCUCCUGAAAUACUUGAAGGAGGCCUUCCUUCCCAGGAAGGUGAUAUUUACAGUUUUGGAAUACUGUGUUGGGAGAGCCUAAGCAGACAGAAACCUUUUGAAGGUCAAACAACACUGCUGGAAGUUUUGACAGGAAUAUGCAGCAGUUUGCGGCCUGGCGUUUCAGAAAAGUUUGUACCAAGCAAUUUGCCUGAGAGGAACAGACUGUUGCACCUUAUCACUCUGUGCUGGCAUCAAGAACCAGGUUGUAGACCAUGUAUUGCAGAAUGUGUAGAACUUCUACAUGGAAUUUUGACCAGUAUAAAUAAGGAGGCAAUUUCCACUGCAAUCUACAAUCUGAUGGAUGCAAAGGAGACAGCACUUAAUGCAUGCAAAGGUUCAGAAAUAUACACAUUGCAGAUGGGCAUAUGCAAUUCAGAGGUUAUCUGUCCACAAAAACCCAACCACUUAAUCAACAAGAAAAAUCAUUUUGUGGUGCCAAGCUUGUCAACUCUUCUAUUUGAUAGCAGUGCAAAUAAUGCAGGAAGAGAAAAUAUUCUUGAGAUGGGUCUGUCAAAUACUGCCCCACAGAACGCAACAACAAAGAAAGAUCACCCAGGCUCUGACAGUAGAAAAUCAAAUUCCUUUUGCACAAUUCCUUUAUCUGGUUCAACUGCAGGCAAAGGAAGCAGUCAGCAUAAUGAGCCACCACUGGCUCUUAAGCACAGAUCCCAGCCGAUGCAUCUUGAACAAGCAGUGACAGAUCCUUGCUGCAAAGGAAACAGCUGUCAAAUACUAGCCUGCCAGAGACAGACCAUACUGAACUGCAUGACAGAAGGACGCCUCAACCACAUCCUUGACGUCCUUCGCUCACAGCAAACGUUGUCCCGAAUGGAUUAUGAAACAAUUACCUCUUAUCCCACAGUGACUGGGCGUGCUCGCGCAUUGUUGGACACUUGCCUUUGCCUUGGAGAGAGGGCAGCACAGGUUGUAGUGACUGUACUUUCAGUGACUAAAUGUAGUCCUCUGGGACAAGGCAGCCAUGGACCAGACUGUCCUUCUAAGGUAAAUAGGCUGUUGUUAUGACUGACUUUUUUUUUGCAGUUUUUGACAUGCAUCAGAGCACUGGUAAUUUGGAAUGGCAACAUUUCAUGUUAAUUCCUCAUAACCCAUUGACUGAAGUCAAUCCUUCUUACAGCCCAUGAUUUUAGUCCUCUAGUGGAAAGAGCUAGCUGGAUUAAAAGGUCAAGUCAACUGCUGCCUGCACAAAUUACCAAGACUGUAAUACAGAUUCUAAUUUGGACCUCAGAGAUGGGAGGAGUGCAACAUGUGCCAGAGCAAAUAUAGUUCAAAUGAGAUGACACCUUAUUUCCUUGAUUUUUGACAUGGGAGGAAAAUGGAUCAUGACUUUUUGGAGGUCACACUACAGAAGAACGUCUGUUACUAAAUCCUUCCAAAUAAGGAUAGCAAACAGCAGGGUACUGGAUGAGGAGAAAAAAAAAUACUGCCUUCCACUGAGCUUGUAUCUGAGUCAGCUGUUAGGGUGCAAGGCUUAAGAGAAUCAAGAAAUAUUUCCUCAACAGGCUCUGAAGUAAGACUUGGAAAUUUUGUAUUAUGCAUAUAAGUGAUUUUAUUUUCACUCACAAAUGGACAUAUGCUCUGAAAAUGGGGCACUAAUAGCAGUACUUCAGAGAGGUGGGGCUUAAAGUAUUUCUAAAUGGAAAAAUGUUAACACCUUAUAUCCAUGUAGUUCUCUAAGUGUAUCUGCAGUUCAAAUGCAGAAUUAAACCAGGAAGGGGUGACAAGCUGAUAAUUUUGAAACGGUGGUUCUGCUGAACUUGUUGUCACGGUUGUACAUGGGUGAGAGACCACCUGGGAAAACUGGGUGCUGUAGGCCUUCUUGCUCCAGCGUGGACUCAUCCACAGGUCACAAUCCCUUCCACUUGAGUUCACAUUAGAGUUCCAGCCCUUCCAGUACAGCAGCACAGAAACAGCCAUCUGCCAGCCCAGGCGCAUCACUAUUGCUGUUAUCAAAAUGUUCCCAGGCACAGCAGAGUAAGAUGAUAAACAAUUGUCCUGGUUUCAGCUGGGAUAGAGUUAAUUUUCUUCUUAGUAGCAGUGAGGUGCUGUGUUUUGGAUUUGGUGUGAGGACAAUGUUGGUAACACACUGAAUGUUUUCAGUUGUUGCCUGGUAAUGUUUAUACUAAGUCAAGGACUUCCAGCUUCUCAGACCUUGCCAGUGGGAAGGCUGGAGGGGCUUGGGAAAUUGGGAAGGGACACAACCGGGACAGCUGACCCGAACUGGCCAAAGGGCUAUUCCAUACCGUAGAAUGUCAUGCUCAGUAUAUAAACCGGGGGGUGGGGGGUUGGCUAGGGUCUGCCAGUCACUGCUCGGGGGCUGGCUGGACGUCACUCAUCGGAUGGUGAACAAUUGUAUUGUGCAUCCCUUGUUGGGUUUUUUUUGUUUGUUUUUUUCCCUCUUUCCCUUUGGAUUUUAUUCCUCUCCCCUUCUCCCUCCUUUUCAUUGCAAUUAUUAUUGGGUUUGUUUUAUUUUAUUUCAAUUAUUAAGUUGUUCUUAUCUCAACCUUUGAAUUUUGCCUUUUUCCUGAUUGUCCUCCCUGUUCCUUGGCAGGGGGGAGGUGAGCAAGCAGCUGUGUGGUACUUAGUUGCUGGCUGGGGUUAAACCACGGCAGCAGUACAGCAAGCAGUGAAAGCAGAAAGCAGACACUAGCAAGCACUAGACUCUAACGUACAGUAAGGCAAGCAAGCCCCAUGGCAACCACAGAGCCCUGUCAAUUAAUAGCUGAACAGUAAUAGCAGCUAUAAAUUCAAUCUAGCACAUUCCAAUUAAUUCUGUUGUUAUCUUGAAACCGCUCCAAGCCCCACAGGUGCCAAAAAGGACUGUUAAUAGUUUAACAGUCACGAAGCCACACAUGCUCCCCCCUGGUGAGAUGGCAGAGAAAAUCAGAAGAAUGAGAAAACUCACGGGCUGAGUUUUACUUUUUAUAAAGUAAACUGAGUUUACUUUUAAUAAGUAAAGCAAAAGCCAUGCACACAGGCAAAACAAAACAAGGAAUUCAUUCACCACUUCUCAUUCAGCCAUCUCCAGGAAAGCAAGGCUCCAUCACAUGUAAGGGUUACUUGGGCAGACAAACACCAUCACUCCGAUGUGUGUGUGUCCCCUUCCUUCUCCUUCCCCCAGCUUCUUAUGCUGAGCAUGACAUCAUGUGGUAUGGAAUAUCCCUUUGUCAGCUGCCCCAGUGUGAGGGGCAGGAAAGGCCCUGACUCUGUGUAAGCACUGCUCAGCAGUAACGAAAACAUCUCUGCAUUAUCAACACUGCUUCCAGCACAAAUCCAAAACACAGCCCCACAACUAGCUACUAUCAAGAAAAUUCACUCUACUCCAGCCAAAACCAGUACAACUGUAAAGGAAAGCGGCAAGAUUAUUUUAAUUAUAAUGAAAAUACAGUUAUAUAAGAUGCUGGUCUUUUGAAGGCAUAGUUGGAUUCCUUCAAGCUUCGUGGCACUCAUAUUAACGUGAGAACUUGUUGUACAAUCUACAGGUAUUUCAAAUGCAAAACCACGUUAUUCUGUUUCCCUGUGUUGAAUUUGUUGCCUCUGCAGUUUUAAACUGUUCAUUAAACUCAGUAGUCUGGCAGGUUGCAAUUUUAAAUACAGUGAUGAUGUGGUUUCUAGGCACAUUUAAGAGAUAGAAAUUUGUUACAUCACAUACUAUAAUGCUGCUGGAACCAUAACCCUUUUCUUAAAAAAACAUGUAAAUUCGUUAAACUUUAAGACUGCCUUGAGAUAAACUAUUGUUACAAUUAAAUGCAAUGUCUAUUGGAAUGUGUUGACAAUAGCUUUGCCUAUUAAAGGAGCCAAAUGUCUA